AUGAAGGAGAAAGGUUCGAGGCUGAAGCAGCUGAUAUCAAUGGUGACUUGCAUGACCAGAGCCAAAUGCAUGGCGGUCAGGAGCAAAACCGACGCCGUCAGAGCGCGCCUCAUGCUCACAUCGCUCACGCUUCUCUCCAAGAAGAAGAGCUUCUCCAUCGCCGCCAUCUCCGCCAAGAUCAACGACAUUUUCCACCACCACCACGCCGCCGAUGACGACGACGACGAUGAGCCGAGCAAGGCGAUCGUCCUCUACAGCAGCAAGUCCGCGGCCAGCUGCUGCAAAAUCGGCGGCGGAUCUGAGGCGAUCGGCAGCGUUCUAGAAUUCGACGACGGCGAUGAUGAUGAUAAGUAUCCAGAUCUGAGGCACUCGCUGUUCGAGGAGGAGGAGGAGCAGGAGCUGGCGGAGCUGCUCGACGAUCCGAAUUCGUCGAUCUCGGCCAUAGAUUUGGUGAAGAAUUCAAAGGAGAGCGGCGAGAGCUUCAAUCUGGAAGAUGAUAUCGAUCAGGUUGCGGAUUUGUUCAUCACCAAAUUCCACAAGCGGAUGCGGUUGCAGAAGCUGCUCUCCUUUAAGAGGCAUCAGCAGAUGCUCGAGAGGAGUGCCUGA